AUGAAUUCCUGGUACACUAUUGAGACAGAAUUUAUUAAGCUUAAUAAAAAAUAUAUUUUAUGGAUUUUAUUAUUCAUUAUUAGUAAAUUUACUCAUUUCUCAUUUAUUGAAUGUAAUACAUUUCAAAGUCAUUUAAUUUAUUGGGAUCCAGAUAAUAUUGUAUUUCAAACAAAACCUGUACCACUUCUUCGAGUGAAACCAAAAGAUGAAAUUAUUUUUGUUUGUGCCCAAGAAUCACUUUACAUAUUAUGGACUUAUGAAUUCAAAGUAUUUGAAUCAUGUUCAAUGUGGUUAAAUGAUAAUCUAAUGGUUAAUCUUUUAUUAAGAUGUCCAGAUAAAUCAAAUCGAAAAUUACAAAUGCGUCAAAGUACUAAUAACAUUCCAAAAGAUAAAUUAAACUUGAAAUAUUCCCAGAAUUCAUUCAUUAAAAACCAAUCAAGUUUAAUGGGAAAUAGUUCAAUAGUUGAAAAUAACUAUAUAAAAUUAAAUAAAUAUUCUAAACGUUCUACAAAAAUAUUCAAUAAACGAUCGUCCUCAUCAACAUCUUUGAAGUCAUUAAUUUCACAUUCUCCAUUAAUUGAUCGUAAAAAACAUCCAUCACAAUUUACGUUAUUAGUAGAAGAAUUUGCAUGGGCUAAUGGAAAUCCAAGUUUUCCUGUUAAUCGUCCAGUUUAUUUUCUUGCUCAACCUAGUGUUUGCCAUUCAAGAAACAUGCGAUUGGGAAUCGUGAAUGGAGAUUUCACUGGAUUGCUAUCUGAUCCAUAUGUUAAUCGAUUUCAAACAUUUUGGUUCACAAAUAAUUCUGGUCUUAUCCCAUCACUAAAACAAAAUUCAUCAUUUUUAUCAAAAUCAGAUCCAAAUAAUUAUGAUCCAAGUAUACAAAAGAAUAUUUUAUCGAAUGACAAACAAGGUUUAUGCUCAGCUGCUUCAACCUCAUCAUCAUCUUUGUCUAUUGUAAAUGGUUACUUUAAAGACUUAUUGAAGAUUCUACUUGUUAUGAAUUUUAUUAUUCCAAUCAUAAUAUUUUACAUUUGUUUAAAUUAAAUGGAACUGUACAUUCAUUCCAUUCUUUUAGUUUUUUUGAUAACUGUAGAGAAGGCUUG